AAAAGUUGAGUAAGCAGAAAAUUUAAUGAAAAGUUUUAUGAAAGAUAAAUAUUUGCAAUUUAAAUUUUUGCUUGAAAUUUAAAAUAAAAAUUAUGAUGAAGCCGAAUUUAUAGCCGCUUAAAUACUUUCUUAAAAUUAAAAUAAUGAAACAAUUUUAUUAUUUUGGGAUAUGUUAAGAAAAUACAAGGAUGAAUUUUACUAAAUGGAUUAAGAAGAGUAAUUAGAAGAAGAAGACGAAGACGAAGACGAUGAUGAAUACGAAGAUGAAGAUGAAGAAGAUGAAAAAGAAGAGGAAGGAGAAGAAGAAGAAAAAGAAGAAGAAGGAGAGUAUUCAGAUGAACCUGAUGAUGAAUGGAGAACUGAAGAUGAAUAUGAUACUGAUGAAUUGGCUUUAAAAGAAGAGGAUGAAGAAGAGGAAGAAGAAGAAUAUGAUGAUGAAAAAUUUGAUUAGUAAAAUGAGGAAGAUGAAGAAUAAAAAAAAAGAAAAAAAAUACAGCUCUAAUUAGAAAAAUAAAAAAUAAAUAAAAAAAAUUAAUCUGAACAAAAAUAGCAAUAAAAAAAAAAUCAAUCAGUUUUAUCAGAAAAAGGAACUGCAAAUUAAUAAAAAACGAUAAAAAGUAAUGAAAGAAAAAUAAGUUCUAUU